CUGCCUCUUUGCUCGCUGCCUUCUAGCUCUCUCCUCCUUCCUUGCCUGCCUCACUCCCUUCUUCUCUUGUGACCUAUUUACCUCUGCCAUUUUCUGGCUUGCUGCUUCCCAUCUCUGUGGAGUGACCAGAACAUUCUCCUGUGUUCCCUUUAAAACAUCCCACUCCAGGGGGAAGAUGUCCCUGAAAACUUCAACCAGCAACAUUACAAACAAAAAUGACCCAAAGUCCUUGAACUCCAGAGUCUUCAUUGGAAACCUGAACACAGCCGUGGUGAAGAAAAGUGACGUGGAGUCCAUCUUCUCCAAAUAUGGCCGAGUGGUGGGCUGCUCCGUGCACAAAGGGUAUGCGUUUGUACAGUAUAUGAAUGAGAGGCACGCACGGGGGGCUGUCAUAGGAGAGAAUGGACGUGUACUGGCUGGACAGACACUGGACAUUAACAUGGCCGGGGAGCCAAAACCCAUCAGACCCAAAGGGUUGAAGCGAGCAGCUGCUGCACUGUACAGUGGCUACGACUUGGACUUUGACUAUUACAGGGAUGACUUCUAUGAGAGGCUGCUUGAAUAUCGUGGGAGGGUCUCUCCUGCUCCUCGUACUGUCCCUGUUAAACGUCCACGAGUGACUGUCCCACUGGUACGAAGAGUUAAAUCUGCCCUUCCCGUAAAACUUCUCGCAAGAUCUGCAGCUAUCACAGGGAGCGCGGCCCGACUGAAAUUAAGAAGCAAUGAAAUCCAAACAAUCAAAUCUGAACUCACACAGAUCAAAACAAACAUUGACGCUCUGCUGGGGAGGUUGGAACAGAUAACAGAUGAACAAAAACCCUGCACAGCCAUAACAGCCAGAAAGAAGUCAGACUGCAGCCGAAGUGAAUUCUCCCAGGAUGACAGCAUGUCAGAGGCCGGGGACACGAAUAAUGAUGAUCCCCUGAAUGGAGAUGAAGUAGAGGACCUGACACAUGACGAGUCCACAGACGACUUGGAUAUCAGCCACUACACAUCCUCCUCUCUCCACUAACAAGCUUCAUUCAAGGGUUUAGGAUCUGCAGAGGGGACUUCACUACAAACUCCAAACAUCUGAGGAUCCCAGCGCGGCCUCACCUGCAACACUCAAGAUUGGUUACCCAGAGACUUUAUCCUUCUCCAUCACCAAGAGACAGUGGCCAGGGGAAAAAAGAACCACAUGCUUCCCGUAUGGAGCAGGAACUGUACAGAUGAAGCUGUGCUCCCAUAUUUCUUUAGAACGCACCAGUUCCCUCCAUCAUCAUCAUCAAUUUGUCAGUAGAUUAUGGGUCUGUGUAUAGGGCCUGUAUAACCAGUAUCUGUCUAGAAAUUGGGCAGGUUUGAAUCCCAUCAGGAAGGACUGGACUGAGGCAAUGGUGUCCUUCACUUGGACCGGAAUAUGAUCCAAUCAUUGGCCCCUACUAGUAAGUAAGGGCAUCUAAACUGGCAGGAGUCCACUCCAUCUCGCCAAACAGGCAGCCAGCUUAAAGCUUUAAAAUAAGUGAAUGUAAAAAUGAUGAGGGGGCUAUUCUAAGCACUGUUGUCAUUUACA